UCCAAAAAUUGUUUGAGCAACCUUACAAAAAGCUGGUGACUUUCGCGAUAAUGGAAGUAAUUAUCACUACGAAGUUCCAAAAGGAAGUAUACACGUGACAUAUUACGACAGAAUUAAAUUUUAUGAUCUGAUGACCUCAUGAAGAAUUGAUCUGCACCACAGCAUGCCCUUUAUGCGGUCGGUCUGAACUUCGACGCAAUUUUGUUGCAGUGAUCAUGUCAGGUUCUGGAAAUCCUUCUGGUGAUGAAAAUGAUCUAGAUCUCAAAGAGCAGGACCGCUUCCUUCCAAUUGCGAAUGUUGCGCGUAUCAUGAAGAAGACGCUGCCAGAAAACGCCAAAAUCGCUAAAGAAGCCAAAGAAUGUGUCCAAGAGUGCGUCUCUGAGUUCAUAUCAUUUAUCACCAGCGAAGCAAGUGACCGAUGUCAGCAGGAAAAACGAAAGACGAUCAACGGAGAGGAUAUUCUUUGGGCUAUGCAGUCUCUUGGAUUUGAGAACUAUGCUGAAGCAUUGAAAAUCUAUCUUGCCAAAUAUCGGGAGACCACCAAAAUCGAAAGAACAUCCAACCCUACCAACCCUGUGUUACCAGAGCACUAAUAUUAAGAUCAUUCCAGACGGUGUUAUAAUUUCUUGAGAACAGCUACCUGUGAAAACAGACUAUAGUUCUGACCGAAUAAACUGUAUAAAGCAAGCUAUCCAUUAUGACAUAUCCUUUAAAGUGGUAAUUGAAUGGAAGAUGGGGGUUUCAACAUUGCCAAAUGAAAAUA